AUGUCCGGAAUUGGCCAUCGGACAGCCGGUCUUCAAAUAACCCUCCAGUCCUCGUCCGCGCAUUCCCGCACUACCGCUCACACUCUCCCAUUACCCCACUUUUCCACCACGCAGAGAUGCACCGACGCCGACGCGGCGAUAGAAACGAGGGCGGUCUCGUCCGCUGCCGACAAUGUGAAGUCGUUCAUCGCGGGAGGGUUUGGAGGCGUGUCUGCGGUAUUAGUUGGUCAUCCUUUCGACCUCACGAAGACUCGGCUGCAGACCGCACCUCCGGGGACGUACAAGGGAGCGGUAGAUGUGGUGAGACAGGCUGUUGCGCGUGACGGUAUCACUGGCAUGUACCGUGGUAUGGUCCCGCCAUUACUCGGCGUCACGCCAAUAUUCGCCGUGUCUUUCUGGGCGUAUGACGCGUCGAAGGCCCUGAUUUUCGCUCUGACACCCAACCGCACACAAUCAAAUUUGACUAUCGCAGAGCUUGCUACAGCUGGCUUUCUCUCCGCCGUCCCGACCACCGCCAUCACUGCCCCUGUUGAGAGAGCAAAGGUUCUCCUCCAAGUGCAAGGGCAGGGCGGAUCAGAACAUAAAUAUAAGGGUGUCUUGGAUGUGAUGAAGCACCUGUACAAGGAGGGUGGUCUGCGCAGUAUAUUCCGCGGUACAGGUGCGACGCUGGCUCGCGACGGACCUGGUAGCGCCGCAUACUUCGCCGCGUAUGAAGUCACAAAGAAGUUCUUGACGCCUGCUGGUGCAUCGCCAGCAGACUUGAAUCUUGGCGCCGUCAUACUGGCUGGUGGUACUGCUGGCGUGGCCAUGUGGGCCAUUGCUAUUCCUCCCGACGUCUUGAAAUCGAGACUGCAGUCGGCACCCACGGGAACAUACUCCGGCUUCUUUGACUGCGCGAGGAAGACGAUCGCAGCGGACGGAGUAAAGGCGCUGUGGAAAGGAUUUGGCCCAGCGAUGGGACGGGCAUUCCCGGCAAAUGCUGCAACUUUCCUCGGAGUGGAGGCCUCGAGAAAGGUCAUGGACAGCUUCUUCUGA